CCAGAACGAACAUCCAGAGCUGCGGAGUGGGUCAGAUGAAUGUGUAACACAACCCAACCAUGCCGAUAACAAGUAAAGGGUCAAGACCGAGGGCUCGGGUCAGCGGACCCUGCGUGUGUUCAAGUCCCUGGCGACAAAAGCCACUGUUUUAUUUAUGCACCCUCCUUGUUCUUGUUCAGUCUACAACUGUCCUUGGAGCACUGGAGCUCCAGCUUGAUGAGGAGCAGCCGGCUGGGACCAUCGUAGGUGACAUCAGUGCUGGGUUACCGCCCGGUGAAAUUGGGGGUCUUUACUUCAUAUCGGACCACGAGAGCACAGGUGUCAGCAACGAUCUCAACAUUGACGAAACCACAGGCAUCAUCACGACUGCACGCCGUCUGGACCGCGAGCAAAGGGACCACUAUAGCUUUAUCGCUGUGACAAUGACAGGAGUCACUGUUGAGGUGUCGAUCACCGUAAUUGAUAUCAACGACCAUGCACCCGUGUUCCCCAAAAAGAACGCUGUUCUUAAGAUCCCUGAGCAUACCGCAGUGGGGACAAGGUUUUCCCUGGAGCCUGCAACAGAUGCAGAUAAGGACCAACUGACCACUCAAGGCUACGCUAUUCGAGAGGGCAACAUAGGCCAGGCGUUCAGACUGGAGACCAAGCGAGCUGCUAACAAGGUGCUGUAUCUAGACCUGGUGGUCAAUGGACUUCUGGACAGGGAGAAACGCUCACUUUACACCAUGGUCCUGGAGGCCUUUGAUGGGGGAUCCCCCAGAAGGAUGGGAUCCAUGACCCUGGAAGUGACCGUGACAGACAUCAACGAUCACGCGCCGGUCUUCAAUCAGACCAGAUACCACGCUAUUAUCUCUGAAAGCCUCCCACAAGGCAGUAGCAUCCUACAGGUGUUUGCAAUAGAUGAGGAUGAAGGCGAUAAUGGUCUGGUUCUUUAUGAAAUCAACCGCCGUCAGAGUGACCCUGAUCGCUCCUUUGUCAUAGAUAUCAAGUCUGGGGUCAUAACUCUGAAUAGGCCCUUGGAUUAUGAACUCAAGAGGGUUCAUGAACUGGUGGUCCAGGCCAGGGAUAACGCCAGCCAGCCUGAGGUGACCAACGCCUUUGUGACCAUUCAUGUCCGUGACUACAAUGACAACCAGCCCACCAUGACCAUCAUUUUCCUCAGUGAGGACGGCUCUCCGAGGAUCUCCGAAGGGGCCCAACCAGGCCAGUACGUUGCUCGGAUAUCUGUGACAGACCCAGACUAUGGAGAGUAUGCCAACGUGAAUGUGUCCCUUGAGGGGGGUGAUGGGAAGUUUGCUCUUACAACCAAGGACAGCAUCAUCUACCUGAUAUAUGUGGACCAGGUCUUGGACCGAGAGGAACGGGAUUCCUAUGACCUGAGAGUCAUGGCCACAGACUCCGGCACACCUCCUCUCAGGGCGGAGUCAUCGUUCACCAUUCAGGUGACUGAUGUCAAUGACAACCCCCCUCUUUUCGACCAGCAGGCCUACAGACAGACUAUUCCUGAGGUUGUCUAUCCUGGCUCCUUUGUCCUCCAAGUAACUGCCAGAGACAAGGACCAGGGCCCCAAUGGGGACGUACGAUAUAGCCUCCUCAAGGGAAAAAACUCUCACUCUGAUUGGUUUUCCAUCGACAAGGUCACUGGAAUCAUUACCACAGCGUCGGCUCUGGACUUCGAAUCAGAACCAGCACCGAGUGUGACUGUUGUUGCAACAGAUAACGGUCGCCCGCCGUUGUCUUCCACAGCAAAGGUGGACAUUGUGCUGCAGGAUGUUAACGAUAACACACCUGUGUUCUCUAGCAACUUCUACAAUGCCUCCAUCAAGGAGAACACCCCAGCUGGGACCUGCUUCUUAGAGGUGUCAGCCACAGAUGAGGAUCGUGGUUCCUUUGGCGCUAUUUCCUACAUCCUGGGUUCUGGCUCUGGAAGCCCAGCACCAACACACUUUACCAUUGACAAGGAGACUGGUCAGAUUUGCACCAGCACAGCUCUGGACCGGGAUGAAGGAUUGGACAAGUUUGACUUGACCGUCACUGCAACGGAUGGAGGUGGCCUGAGCUCAGUAGCACGUGUGCGAGUCUCUGUGGUGGACAUCAAUGACAACCGGCCCACCUUUUAUCCAGUCCUUUACACAGUCAGUCUCAGUACCCACAGUGCCCCGGGAACCUCCGUUGUCAAGGUAACAGCAAAUGACCCUGAUGCUGGGGAAAACGGCAGGGUGACCUACCGCACAGUGCCUGCAGGAGGAACUGGUUUCUUCACUCUCAACAAGGACACAGGCGUGAUUUCGCUCUCUCGCUCACUCCAUGGCAAAGCCAACACGGUAAUCUCCAUGGUGAUAUCAGCCGAGGACGGCGGUGGUCUGACGGCGCCGGUCAAUGCCAGGGUAAACGUGAGUGUGGUGGGAGGCUCAGUUGCGUCCCCCGUGUUCGACCAGGCCCAGUACUUCUUCACUGUGUUGGAGGACGUCCUCAGGGGGACAGCGGUGGGAGUGGUCCGAGCUGCUGCCAAGACAGGCGCUUCUAAGGAUAUCUUUUACUCCAUCUCCUCCGGAGACCCUGAUGGUUACUUCACAGUGGACAGUGCCUCUGGUACCAUUCGCACUGCCCUUCCUUUGGACCAUGAAACCUGCCCUAGUCGGGACCUGGAGAUCCAGGCGCGCUCCGGUUCUCCUCCAGCGUAUGGAACCAGCCGAGUACGAAUAACCAUUUCAGACGUCAAUGACAAUGCCCCCACCUUCCUCCCCUCCUCAUCAGAGUCCCUGCUUUUGCCUGAGAUCACCAAAAUGGGGACCGUCAUCUACAGCAUUCAGGCCACCGACAAGGACUCCGGUCAUAAUGGUCAGCUCAGCUUCAACCUUGUCUCUGCUGGAGCUGCAGGUAGCAGUGGCCAGAGGACGUUUGGUGUUGACCGGGGCAGCGGGGAGGUACGUCUGAUUGGUACUCUUUCUUAUGAAAGUGUUCCACGCUAUGACCUUCAGGUGGUUGCCAAGGAUGGUGGAGCACCUCAGCUCAGCUCCACCUUCACCCUUGUGGUCCACAUCCAAGCGCAAGAUGCACAAGGCCCAAACUUUGACACCCUGACAUACCGCGUGGAGCUACGGGAAAACACCCCUCUCAACACACGUUUCCUGCAGGUUCGAGCACUCAACAGAGAGGCUUCCGGGACUGGAGGAAGCUCCUCUUCGUCUUCUUCGUCCUCUAUUUCCUACCGGCUUAGGCCUGACGGUGACGCUGCUGGUUUUGGCAUCAUGCCAGAUAGUGGGUGGUUGUUUGUUCGCAGCUCUCUGGACCGAGAGGUCAAGGACAUGUACCUGUUGACAGUCCUGGCAACUUCAGGUCCAGGAGGGACGGGGAGAACUGGCAGUGCCACGGUCAGGGUGACGGUAACUGAUGAGAAUGACAACUCCCCAAGACUGAGUCAGGAGAGGGUGUUCCUGGCUGUCAGGGAGAACCUGCUGGCAGGGACAGGCUUUGGAAGGGUGUCUGCAACGGACAGAGAUGCAGGACUAAAUGCUCGACUCACCUACAGGCUGCUGCACACCGACAGGCACUUUCAGAUCAACUCGCAAACAGGGGAGAUUAGCACCCGCCUCGCCUUGGACAGAGAGCAGCAGUCCAGCUACCAGCUUGUUGUGGUUGUACAGGACGGGGGUACGCCUCCUCGCAGCGCCACCGGCACCGCUCAUAUCAGUGUGCUGGACGAGAACGACCACGCCCCCAGUUUCACUCAUGCCAGGCCGGACAGGGAGCUGCUCCAUCAGGUGAUGGAGGGUCUUCCAUCCGGGACAGUCUUAGGGACAGUGACAGCUAAAGACCCAGACGAGGGAGAGAAUGGGACCGUAUACUACUCAUUAUCAGGCCCCAGAGCAGAGCGUUUCUCUCUUAACCCGACCAGUGGCGAGCUUAGAACCGCUUCCCCUCUGAGAUCGGCCGAGCGAGCCGAGUAUGUCUUCAGUGUGACCGCUGCUGACCAUGGCACACCUGGCCUCAGCUCCACCUGCCAGCUACGGAUACAGGUUCUUAGCUCAUCACGGUCCAACCCCAAGCCCAACAUGCUCUCAAUGACCCUGAACACAGUUGAAGGAGCUGCUCCGGGCUCCAUCAUUGGCUCAGUCCGUCCACAUGACCAGCACGAAUCCAACGUGUUGGAAGGCCAAGUGACCUACCUGGUUGUUGGGGCAGACCGGGAUGGGACUUUCAUGGUGGACCGCUUAAAGGGCGAUGUGUAUCUGGUGCGCGAGCUCGACUACGAGAAGGGGUCGAGGUACAGGCUGCACAUCGAGGUAUCUGACUUUUCCCAGGCGUUUCCCAGCAGCCACCUAGUGCAGCUGGAUAUCGACGUGCAGGACAACAAUGACCACGCUCCCCAGUUCACAGAAGACCCCGUUACCAUUGUGAUCCCAGAGAACAUAGAGCCAGGGGCUUCUAUAUAUACAUUCCAGGCUGUGGAUCAGGAUGGCAGUGGGCCCAACAGUGAGCUGCACUACUCCAUAGAGCACCACUGGCCUGACACGCCAGAUCUCCUGACCCUUGACCCCUCCAGCGGAGUUCUGACCCUUGGGCAGAAGUUGGAUCGUGAGUCAACACCUUCCCUCUACCUUGUGGUGCGGGCGACAGACCAGGCAGUGGAUUCUUCCCAGAGGCGCUGGGGUUCAGUCACCGCCCGGGUGUUUGUGACAGACGAUAACGACAACCCUCCGGUCUUCAGCUCUCCGUCUGCAGUCAGCGUUAUGGAGGAUCAGCCAGUAGGGUUUGUGAUUUUGUAUGUGAUGGCUCGAGAUGAAGAUGAAGGAGAAAAUGGCAGAGUGUCAUACAGAAUUCAGACAGGCAACAGCGCUGGUCGCUUCAGUCUGAACCCCAACACUGGCUCUCUCUCUGUCCUUAAAGCACUUGACCGGGAAGAGCAGAACAUCUUCAAUCUGACAAUUGUGGCAGAGGAUCAUGGGAUACCUCAGCUGUCUACUUCCCAGGUGUUGUGUGUGCAGGUCAUUGACGUGAACGAUGAAGCUCCGUUGUUCCAGCGAGCAGAGUUUGAUGCUCAGGUGAUGGAAAACCAAGGACCAGGAACAACUGUUUUGACAGUCACUGCCACUGACCGGGAUCAAGGUUCUAAUGGCCAAGUGACAUAUGGAGGUGUGACAGAGGAAGGCUUCAUCAUCAACCCGAUGACAGGAGUCAUCACCACCACGAAGGAACUGGAUGCAGAGCUUCAGGAUCACUACACUCUUACUGUGUAUGCCAGGGAUGGAGGGCUGCCUCCUAACUUUGCCAAGGCUGUAGUGCGUGUGGAGGUUCAGGAUGUGAACGACAACACCCCGGUCUUUGCAAAGCCGUGGUAUGGACUGGAGGUGCCAGAGAACCAGGCCGCUGUAGAGCUUUGCUUUCUCAAGGCCACAGACCCUGACUCAGGUCCUGGUGGAGAGCUGGAGUACAAGAUCACUGCUGGAGACCCUGAUGGAGAUUUCCACCUUCAUGCCAGCACGGGAGCCCUGUCCACGUCACGCGGCCUAGACAGGGAGACCGGAGCUGAAUAUACUCUGGAGGUGGUGGCUACGGACCGAGGCAGCCCUGCUCUCAGCACUACUGCCAUGGUGGAAGUCAAAGUGCUGGAUGUCAAUGACAACAGCCCGGUCUUCAGCAGAAGUAGUUACUCUGUGGAAGUGUCAGAGGAUGCUGCAGAGGGGUCCAAAGUCCUGGAGGUGUCAGCCACAGAUACUGAUGAUGACCUGAAUGGGAAGGUCCUAUACUUUCUAAGCCGAGAGGCGCACGGAGCGUUCAGUGUGCAUGAGGUCACGGGUGCUAUCACCACAUCAGCACCCCUAGACCGGGAAAAAUGGGCGUCAUACAGCUUCCAAGUUUUUGCUGUUGAUCUUUCACCUGCAGAACCCAGGAACACCUCUGCUCAGGUGACAGUCACCAUCCUAGAUGUCAACGACAACACUCCCUUCUUCCUCCAGGAUCCGCUGGUCAUCGAAGUGUCCAGCAGGCGUUCCCAGCGGGUUCUAGCCACCAUGAAGGCCGAGGAUAAAGAUUUUGGAGCCAACGGUUCUGUUUUUUACCGUUUCGCCAUGCCAGUCAAGGGCUUCAGCAUCAACUCCCUGACUGGUGAGAUCCAGGCCACCAAGCCACUUGGGGAUCUGACCCAGGCUCAGAGGACCCUGAUUGUGGAGGCCAUGGACCAGGGCAGUCCUGCUCAGUCUGCCCAGGGAGUGGUGGUGAUUUACGUGAAGGAAGUGGAGUACAGCGGUAUUCGCUUCUCUAGGAAUGCCAGAGACGUCAGCCUACAGGAGAACGCUGUUCAAGGCACUGCUGUGGCUCAGGCUCAGGCUCAACACCCGGAUGGCACACGUAGGGGUAUUAGCUACAGCCUGUUCAGUGGGAAUAGAAGGCUGGCCUUCCACAUCAGCUCCUCAACAGGUGAAAUCAUGGUGCAGAGCUCCAAGGGUCUAGACUUUGAAGACACCCCCAAACUCCGGCUUGUUGUGAAGGCUGAAACAGUGUCUUCCACAUCUUUCAUGGCUAUCAACUUGAUCCUGCAGGAUGUCAAUGACAACCUUCCUCGCUUUCAGCUCCAGAACUAUGUGGCCUUCAUGAGAGAAACACAGGGAUAUGAGAUGCCAAUCAUACAGGUGAUGGCUGAGGAUGUUGAUCAGGGCCAAAAUGGUCAGGUGACUUACUCCAUCCAGUCAUCAGGCAGGAGCGGCCUGUUCAAGAUAGACCCAAUAACAGGGAGCAUCACAACAGCGGCCAUUAUGGACCGUGAGAUCUUUACCCAGACCAAGCUUGUAGUUACAGCAACUGAUAGAGGAAGUCCACGACUGGCUGGUUCGGCCACAUUGACAGUGAUCAUUGUUGACCAGAAUGACAACAGUCCCACUAUUCCCUUGCCCCAGGAAAUACGCAUCCCAGAGAAUAUGUUGAUUGGCACAGAGAUCACUCUUGUGACGGGUAACGAUGUCGACUCCAGUCCUGCCCUCUCCUACUCCUUGCAGCUGGACCCAACAGCCUUAGGCAAGUUUGGGAUCCACCGCUACAGCGGAGGCGUAUCCCUCACUUCCCCUCUGGACUUUGAGGAGAAGACGUGGUACACCCUGACUGUCAGAGCCACAGACAGCCAGCACCAGACUGAGGCUAACAUUACAAUACUGGUGGAGGAUAUUAAUGACAAUGCACCUGCAUUUACCCAUGAUCUCUAUCAGGUUACUCUGCCUGAGCACACACCACCAGGAAGUGUAGUCGUCACGGUAACAGCGACUGACAGGGACUCUGGAGAGAAUGGAAAGAUUACCUACAGAGUGACUUCAUCAACCCAGGAGGGUUUCUACAUUGACCCCAACAAUGGAACCCUGUUUAUCAAUCACAGAGCGGAGUUUGACCCUGAACGUCCGUCAGUCAGUGUUGUUAUUGAAGCUUGUGAUGGAGGGUCGCCUUCACUCUCUUCCCUCACCACUGUCCAGGUCCAAAUCUCUGACGUCAAUGACAACGCUCCUGUGUUUCACCAAUCAGAUUACAGGGCUACAGUUUCUGAGGAUACCAUCCCAGGAUCAACAGUUCUAACUUUUGAGGCCUUUGACAGCGACCUCUCGCGAGAAAACUGUGGCUUUGACUUUGCUAUUGCCAACGGAAAUGAGGGCAAUGCAUUCCAGAUUGAAAGCAGUGUACGGUUCCUGGAGGGGCGGGGCUUUCAGACAGUUGGGACUCUGCUGUUGGCUGAGGGGCUCGACUUUGAAACCAAGACACUUUACAACCUCACAGUGGUCGUCUCAGACCGUGGUGUACCCCAGAGGAGCUCCAGUGUUGCCGCGGUGAUCACCAUUGGUGAUGUGAAUGAUAACCCUCCAGUGUUCAGCAGAGCAGAGUAUGCUGUGUCACUGAGUGAGGGAGCUGCCGCAGGCACUGAGAUCAUACGACUGACUGCUACAGAUCCAGACUCAACUCCCCAUGCUGAGGUCCAAUACACUAUCAGCUCUGGUGAUGAGGUGAAUUUGUUUACCAUGGACCAGUGGACUGGAGCCUUACGGCUUCAGCGAGUACUCGACCGUGAGCACCGGGCCACACAUAUUGUCAUCAUUCAGGCCACAGAUGGACAGGGUCACUUUGCACUAGCUCCAGUCAUUGUUGAGGUCAAAGAUGUAAAUGACAAUUAUCCGUUCUUUCCUGUGGACGUCCUGACAGUCAGUAUCAAAGAAAACCAACCAGCAAACUCUGCUGUGACAGUUCUACAUGCCAUAGAUCAUGACACAGGAGUUUAUGGCCAACUGAGGUACUACAUUGUGGAGCGGUCUGUGGCGGGAAAAGACAGCUUCACUGUGGAUCAGAACUCUGGCGAAAUCAAAAGCAAAAUUCCAUUUGACUUUGAGAAGGUCAACUCCUUUAACUUUGUAGCAGUGGCAGUAGAUUCAGGAAACCAAUCCGCCACUGUAACUGUACAGGUGUUUGUCACAGGUGAGGAUGAGUAUGACCCACUCUUCAUGUCCUCUGAUUUCUCCUUUGAAGUCCCAGAGGGAGCAAAGAAAGGCCAGAGCAUUGGCCGGGUCCAGGCAAGUGAUGAGGAUGAAGGGGUGGAUGGUAUUGUUCUAUAUUCUCUUCCCACCAGCUCUCAGUACUUUGAUGUCAACAAAACCACUGGGGUCAUUGUCCUCAAGUUGGAUGGCUCAAGCAGCAGUAGGAGCAGUGGCUCUGGCAGGACCAAACGGGAAACCAGGCUGAUGAACCUGGAUGUAAGAGCUCACAGUCCUCUUGAUGCAUCUCGCUCCACUACAGCCCAGGUCUCCAUCGAUGUCACAAACACCAACUAUGGCCUUGCAUCCGAUGUCAACAUCCUGCUGAUUAGCAUCAUUGCUGUGUCUCUUGGUUUUAUUGUGUUGCUUGUGGUCAUGGCUGUGGUGGUGUUCCUUGUCAAGUCACGCAGGAGGAAGAAAGCCCAGAAUGCAGGAAACAGAACGGUGGCCUCAGGAACUGCUCUGCAGAAAUUGGAUGAAUGCAACUCAGGAACAGGAGGCGAGAGAAUCUACCACCAGGCCUUGCCAGGUUAUGCUGGAGAUCAGGGUGGGGCCGGUGGUGGACCCUACACUAGAGGGGGCUCUCUGGAUCCCUCUCACUCCAGUGGAAGAGGAUCAGCUGAGGCAGCAGACGAUGAUGAGAUCAGGAUGAUAAACGAGUACCCCCGUGUUGCCUCCAUCACCUCGUCUAUGCAGGAGCACAUUUCUGCCAGAGGACCAGACUCUGGCAUUCAGCAGGAUGCUGACCAGCUCUCUGAUAUCUCCUGUGAGCCUGCUGCUUUGGAAGGCAGCACCUGGUUCAAAGGAAAGAAACUGGGAGGUAGUCUCAGUGGGACCUUGCUCUCUAAUCAACUCCCAGUCUAUAGGGACGAGGGAGGAGGGUACCUAGGGACAGGCCGCGGCCUCAACAUUUCCCUCCCCAAGGAUUACGCCUUCCCUGAGGAUGGCAAACCUUCCGUGGAUGGUUCCCUCACAGCUAUUGUUGCCAGUGACGAGGAGCUACGCGGAAGCUAUAACUGGGAUUACCUACUCAACUGGUGCCCUCAGUUCCAGCCUCUGGCUAAUGUCUUCACAGAGAUUGCCAGGCUGAAAGAUGAAACUGCCCAGCAGAAUCCUCGCCAACCCUUCCACCCCAAGCAUAAAAUGGAUCCAAAACCUAGAAUUGACCCUCCACCACUUAUCACAUCAGUGGCUCACCCAGGGGCCAUGUCGGUCCCCCCCAAGGUCCCUGUCAUUGGACGGACAUUCCCCCACUUGGCCUCACUCCGCAGGUCCCCUAUCAGUCACGAGGGAUCUAUUUCAUCAGCAGCAAUGUCCCCCAGCUUCUCCCCUUCGCUGUCUCCUUUGGCAGCUCGAUCUCCAGCUGUUUCUCCCUUUGGUGUCAAUCAAGGGCCCUCAGCAUCCAUGAUCAGCACCAGGGAGCCCUCACUGGACAAGAGUCCUGAUCGCGAGAUGAGAAUAUGAUAGGAAAACUAUUUAAAGAUACAUUUUAGGAUAAACAACUUAAACAAAGCACGAUGGAGCAUCCUUUUGACUGUUAUUUGUCAUGGAACAAAAAGAAGCAAGGUUUCUCAAAUGUCCAGACAGAAAUGUUGUGACGUUUGUUUCAAGUGUCCGACCAUAUGAAUACAUAAAAGUCGAACAUGUGCCUGGGUUGACAGGACCAGCCCACCCUUCCAUACAAACAGUGACGCAGAUCUCAAUGAACUGAUCAGGGUUUAGAGGUAAAUUGACCUCUUCAUGGGAACGUGCACUUACCAUGCCCUGCAGUUAGAGAUCCCUUAGUGUGUAGAUAGAUAGAUGUGUAGUUUUCAUGUUACCUCGCUGGCUGGCCAGAGAGUUAAGGACCUUGUUCCUCUCUUUGUGUCUGUUUUCACACUCCAGUAUUAAACUUAUCUAGUGGCCUCUUUAAAAUGGCCUCUUGACAUGUAUGUGAAUCCCAUGGACAGACAAACAGUGUAUGUUCACAAAGACACUGAUUCUUUGAAUUGGGCUUUGCAUCACACAGUGGAGCGGCAUCGGAGAUUAUUGUUUUUCUCACCAAUUCAGAUGACACUUUUUUAACUUUUAUUUUUAUAUAUUUUUAUAUGAAAUUAUGAUUUCAGAUCCAUAAAUGCCAUUAUUCCAACAUGGAGGGGUUAUUGAUUUUGUGUAUUUGCAUAUAUGUAUAUUAGUAUGUAUGCAGGCUACGCUAUGUACUGUAUGUGUCUCCUAGGUCUUUAGAAACUUUUGUGACAGUUCUGAUGUGAGUGAGAGGGAGACUUUUUGUGUGUUUAGCAUUAUUUAUAUGAAAAAAGGACUUGCUGCCACAUUUCAACAGUAUAGGAAACCAAGCACAGCUCACACUGUGCUGUGUUGUUACCUGAAGAUUUUUUCUUUUUUUGUCAAAUUGUAGAUCAUCACAAAUCUAACACAGCCGCUGGAAGAAAACCCGGAAUCCAUCUGUUUGUCUGCUCCUCAAGCAGUUCAUCGCUCUGCCGUUAUGCUCAACAGCACAUUCCCUUUGUUAUCCAGUGAGAACUCAAUUUGCUGAUCAACCCUGUCUUUGACAGAAAGUGUUUCCUAAAGUCAAAUAAAUUAACUAACUUAAAAUGCUAUUUACUGUGAAGUUGUUCAUCUCAGCAUAACAAAAAGAACAUGCAAUGUUUAGGCUUCUCAUAAGAAAGGGGCAGGCGAGAGGGAAGCAAACUUCUGAAUGCAUGAGCUCUGAUAAAUUUAACAAGCAGUGCAGGAAUUAUUUUCCAUCUUAACUCUCUGUUCUGUGCAUUUUAUUGGUGUGAUUCGCUCAUCUAGAUUGUCACCGACAUGAUGAGGUGUUUUCUGGUUCCAUGUGUUUAACUCAUCAUCUACACCUUCUUUCUUUUCUCUCAUUGUUCAGAACGAGUUUUAGCAGUCUACUUGUGUAGCAAAGGCUUCAAGAGUGUCUUUGUAAUUCUUCAAUAUAUAUCUUCUGGCCUGUUUUUAAAUAUUUUUGGGGAAUUGGAGUGUUUGUCUUCAAGGAAUGGCUUCUACCGAUGUUCUUUGUUUAACAUGACUCUACAAAUCGCCUCAUGUGAAGCUGCAAGAUACACAUGCCACCAGCCUACAGCUCCAGAACAACAUGUUCUCAACUCAUAAUCAAGGUGUUUCAGAAACAUUUCUGUGUUGGAGAAUCCUCCAUUUGAAGAUCAGUUUGAGAUGACUGCCAGUGACUGAUCAGUGGAGCAAUGGCAGAAGGAAAGAACUGUACAUGUAUCUAAAGCAAAUAAUAAAUUCCUACUGAUCUCUUUUGA